AGUAACUGAUUUUAUUUGUUGUGCUUAUAAUAUUUUAUUUCAUAACUUGUUCGUUUUGAGCAUUUUAGAGGGCAGCUUUUGAUAGUCAUCGCACUUUAUUCUUUAUGAUGUAUAAUAUACUGUUGUCAAGUAUGUCGUGACUAUUAAUGAGGAAACCAUUAAAAUUGAAUUACGAAUAUAGGACCCUAUCAAAAUUUUCAACAUUUCCAGAAUAGCUGUCAAAAUGGUCGUUUUUCUGCAGAUUUUCAUAUUGCAUGCAUUUUAUAUAAAAUGGAUUGUUUGUGAAAAAGAAGGAGUAUGUUUGGAAGGAGAUUCAAAUAAUACAAAAUAUUGUUGUUCCGGUUACAGAAAAAUAGAGGGUGAAUGCACUGAAUGUGUUGGUUUCUUCGGAGACAAUUGCGAUAAACAAUGUGUGAAUGGAUAUUUCGGAAAAUCGUGUAGAGAGGCUUGCAACUGUACUAAAUCAGAAACCUGUAAUCAGUACGUCGGAUGCAUCGAACCCAAAAGUAAAAAUUCCAAAAACGCACAAACUACGACAGACAACAAAGGACCAUGCCCGUUUGUUAGUCUAAUGGUUCCUGCAAUAACGACUUUGUUGAUUCUAAGUUUCAUCAUGUGUUUUAUGAUCUGCUUAUAUAGAAUACGAAGAGAAGGAAAGUAUAAAGUGGACAAAGCCAUGAAAAUGAAGUCAAUCCCACAGAAAAAGUCACAAAACAUUCAGUUGAUUCGUUACACGAGCAAUGUACACGAAUAUAGACAAUACAGUGACAUCGAUAUUACGAAAUACACAUAUAAUAGAGAAUUUGAAAAGCAUGUGACACAUGACUACAGUCGAAUCAUAUUCCCUAAAUUUACAUCAGUGGAUAUUCCAGCAGACCAGUACAGUACGACCAUAAUACGUAAUCCACAUGUACUGGUGGAUGAAGAAAGUGGAAGUAGCACAGACACUUCUGAUGGGGGAAAUAUUAAAAAAACACAUCCCUCCAAUGAUGAACGUAGUGGAAAAAACUCGAGACCUUAUAGUGUAGUUCACCCGAAUGGAUUUGAUUUUACCAUCUAGUUAUCUCUAUCAGGACUAGAAAGUCUAUGAUUAGACGAAGUCAGAGUUAUACAAAUUCAUUAUUCAGUGUCGUUUCAAAUCGUUUCAAUCAUAUCUUUUUAAAGAAAUUGCAUUGGUCGAUUUUUUGUGCAUUUUUAUACAUUGAAUGAAUACUUAUGAAUUAUUUCCUUGCAUUCUGAGGACUUUUAGGCAACAUGUAUAUGAUUUAUACCAAUUCUACUAACUUUCGGUUAAAUCCACGUUGCUGGUAUUUUUGAAUGAUGAAUGUUUUAAUUCUAGAAAGAAUUAAUUAAAUGUCUAGUAUCUGUUCUAGUCACUAAGGAGUGUGCUCGAAGGACUCUCCUCAAAUGCCUAUUGCACAAAGUAGAUUGGCGUAAAGUAUCUAGUGUGUUUACUAUAUUAAAUGAAUUAUA